ACACGGGAUCUUCCGAGACCGUUGUGCGUCCUACGACAGCAGGCUGCGUUGGGGCUGUUUCACUGCUCCGUGUCAUCUGAGAACUGCACCCGAACCAAGGGCUCGCCAAAUGAAGAGUCGCGACACACCCCUGACCCGUUUCCGUAGCUCUUCCGCGGGUCGUGUCGAUGCUCCGGCGGCGUUAGCUCGGGUUUCGUGCAGAUGCGCCUCCAGCCGAGGAGAGAGAGAGCAGAGGAGGAGGGGGCAUGAACACACAGCCGAGGAGGAGGAGGAUGGCUCUCCGCUCGUCUAACGGCAUCGCUCGGGAUCAGCAGACGCUUUUCUGACUUGGUUCAGCGCACCACCGGGCACACGAAGCCGCAAACGACGUCUCGAGACGCGGAUCCAGAUGAUGGGUGUUCGGGUGGCGAGUGCGUGUAGGCCCGCUGUCCGGAGCGCGGGUCUCCAGCCCGGGGCCGUGUUGUGCUAGCUAACGCUGCUUCUGCUAGCUAAUGCCGCGGCACCGAAUUAGCAGCGACACAAACGGAUACACGAACACUACGAACGAGAUGUAAACGCGGCUCGUAUCGUUUGCAAGGACGAGUUCGAACUCGAACCGCGACCCCCCGAAUCACCGAAUCACUCGCCGCGGUUUUCAGGACUGAUUCCUCCCUGGCAGUGCAGUGCAGAACAGCUCACCUGGACUCGGACUGAGAUGGAUAAACUGACCAUCAUAUCAGGGUGUCUCUUUCUGGCUGCGGAUAUCUUUGCUAUAGCCAGCGUCGCGAACCCGGACUGGAUCAACACUGGCGAAUCUGCGGGUGCGCUGACUGUGGGUUUGGUGAGACAGUGUCAGACUAUCCACGGCCGGGACAGAACCUGCAUCCCGCCCCGAUUGCCUCCUGAGUGGGUCACCACGCUGUUCUUCAUCAUCAUGGGUAUCAUCUCCCUCACGGUUACCUGCGGCCUUCUGGUGGCAUCGCACUGGCGCCGCGAAGCCACGAAGUACGCUCGGUGGAUAGCCUUCACAGGAAUGAUCCUGUUCUGCAUGGCGGCGCUCAUCUUCCCCAUCGGCUUCUACAUCAACGAGGUGGGCGGCCAGCCGUACAAGCUGCCCAACAACACCGUGGUGGGCUCGUCCUACGUCCUUUUCGUGCUCUCCAUCUUCUUCACAAUAGUAGGGCUGCUGUUCGCCGGGAAAGUCUGCCUGCCCGGCUGAGGACGCCGUCUCCUUCAGGGAUCGUCCAGGGAGCUUUUGGAUGAUUUCAUUUUAUUUUGCGAAGAGGAACAAAAAUAGCAGCGCUCGCCGAGGAGAAGAGCUGUCAAACGUGUGGUGGUGACACUCCAGAUUAACUCAGAACAUUCCAGAGCACUCACUCACUCGUUUACUCACUCACUCACUCUCCGCACAGCUUGUGGGCCCCGUCAGCGUCCCCUAGACACCAACCUGAGCUUAUUUGUCGCGCCUGUCUUUGUUGCACUUCGGAUUGUCUGUCCGACACGGGACAGAGGAGCCUCGGGAUGGGAUCGCCUCGGUGUCAGGUGAUUUGAUGGCUCAUACUCAUGAUUUCAUGCUUUUUUUUUCGUCCCUCAUGAGCUUUUUUGUUUUUGUUCAGUUACUAAAAUUUGUACAGUUUUGUAUGGAUACAUCGUCCGGGUUUGCUAGAAGUAAGACUUGAGGCUCCACAUUGCCUUUGUCGGUCCCUUACUAUACUACAGAGCAGAGGAGGAAAAGGGAUGUGCAUAUGUGAAAGGACUUGGUGGAAAACACUUCUUUUCUUUUUUUUUUUUUUUACACUACAGGAAACAAGCACUAGGACUGCCGGUCAGGACCCUGUGAGGCCGUGCCUCACUGUGCUAACUCCCUCAUCUGAAUAACUUGUUAAACACACACCGAGAGGUCUGGCGACUAAAAUUAACUUCGGUCUGCCCUUGUAUACAGCCUGGGCUCAAUCAUGUCAGUGUUUGAGAUGGAGGGAGAGAGAGAAUCUGUCCUUUAACCUGAUUACUUCCUCCCUUCCCACCGCCGCCCUGGUUCGUCCUCUGACUCUUGGGAUAUGUUCGGUGUUAUUUGCUAACGUGCCAUGAAUCUGUUUCUGUUGUACCAGUACUAAGGGCAGACUCAGUUAGAGGGAGCACUGUGUAUUAAAGCUACUAGUAUUUGAAACACCGCAGAUGUACAAAAAAAAAGAGAGAGACCUUCUUACCUCAUCGUUUUUUUGUAAUUGAAACCUAUUUUUUUUCUUGCUAACCAUGACAUUGUGUGCCCUGUAAGUUAUAUCUUGCCUUGGUCAGAGACAUUUAUUGGAAAAAAAAAAUAAUAAUAAUAAAAUGCUGUGAUCAUUGCAAAUUAUUUAUCUGACACUGAAUAAGACGGGAACAAGAAUGUGUCUGCGACGUCCUUUUUUUUUGAGAAAUAAUCUUUAUUUUAAAACAGUGUGUAUCAUGCAAGAGUGUAUAUUUACAAGGAUUUGGAAAUCUGUAUUAUUUUGAUGUUCGUAUGAAUUUCAUUGAAGGUCAGUUUUUGUUUCCCCCUCUCUCCUUUCGAAAGGUUUCUCUGUAUCAAAUCUCUUGCUCUUAUUGUUUCUUGUUUUUUUUUUUUUUUGACCCAGGAAAGAAUUACCCUCCAACAAGUGAACGCUUGCCUACACAGUUGUUAUUUUAAUAAUUGUAUCACAUCUUCAGUAAAGGAUCCUUUUUCUUAAUAAGAAGAAGUGCAUCAGGCAAAGCGAAAAAGUAUUCAUGCAUACUUUGUGUUUUAAACCCAGGUAUAGAAGUCUAAAUCAGUUCGCUGAAAUAUUCUUUAUAUGUCAUAAACUCCAGUUUGUAAUAGGAAUUAUUAAAAAACAAAUGACGGGUUGAGUGUGUAUACAGUGGGGCAAAAAAGUAUUUAAUCAGCGACAGAUUGUGCAAGUUCUCCCACUUAAAAAGAUGAGAGAGGCCUGCAAUUUUCAUCAUAGGUAUAUACCUCAACUAUGAGACAAAAUAAGAAAAAAAAAUCUGUGAUGAAAAUUACAGGCCUCUCUCAUCUUUUUAAGUGGGAGAACUUGCUUGCACAAUUGGUGGCUGACUUGCCCCACUGUGUGUGUGUGUGUUCGUGCGAAUGCAUUCACACUAAAAAGGCAGUCUGUAGUGGAAACGGCUUUGGAUUUAGGGGGGAAAAAAAACACGGAAAGGUGAUGAAACAAAUAAGAGUGACUUUACAUAAAUGUUAAGAAAUUAUAGGUAUUAUUUAUGACUACAGGCAUACAGUUAUGUAUGAAUAACAGUAUUAUCUAUGAAAAAGGAUAUUAGCGUUCCUUGUGCACAGUUACUGUUAACAGAUUCAUAUUACUGGCAAGACAAAUUGUUUUAUUGUUUUUGGGUUUUUUUCUUUCCUUCUGCUUCACUAUUUCACUGUAUAAAAUAAAAAAGGCAUUAAAAAGCCUUAAUGGCGGAU